GGUCAAAGCCACCAAACUUCAAGAAGAGGGGGCAGCAACAACAGACUGUAUCUCACAGCCACAGCCAAGAAAGAAAGAACUCUCCAACAAACAAGCCAGCAACUGCAACCAAAAACCUCCAUUUGGGACACAUAUCCUAUGCAGAAGAUAGCAUUCCAGCUGAGGAACAAGCUGAACAUCGGGCGCCUUGUUCACCAGGGGAAGUGCACAUCUGCCUCUCACCAGGCGAAGUUCGCUUCCCCUUCUGUCUUGGAGCUGAGAUGAUGGGGAGCAUGACCAGCCUCAGUGGGUCUUAUUCAGACUCUUUAGAUUCCCAGAUCUGCCAAGAUCUCCCUUGCUUUUCGGAGGAGGAGCAGGAGGAGGAGCAGGAGCAGCAGCUGCAUCACCAAAGCCAUACUGCAGACAGCAAUGGGGAGGUUCAACCUAUCGGCCAGGCAUGGGACGUCCUGGACACCAAACGCCGGAGAAUAGAGGAGCUCAGGAUGGAGCUGAGAAGGGCGACGGAAGCCAUCCUGACUGCUGAGCCAGUAUCCCAGCCCCGCCAGCUGGAGGAUAGACACUGCCAUGGGGAGGAAGAGGAGGUGGAGGAGAAAGUAGAAGAAGAUGCAGAGUGGCAGGACGGGGACCAUCAGAACCACUAUGCAGUGAGUGUGCAGCAGGAGGAGGCCACAGGGGGCACUGCAGAAGGUCAGGAGGAAUGGAGGCUGCACAUCCAGGCUUUGGAGGCGCGAGUGGAAGCCCUUGAGAAUGCUGGGCAUGCAGAGGGGACUGCCACCAUACAGGGCACAGUGGGGGCAGGCGGGGCAGCAGGUCAAGAGGAAUGGAGGAUGUGCUUCCAGGCGCUGGAGGCACGGAUGGCUGCCAUGGAAGAUGAUGUCGAAAGAAGGGUGAAAGAGGCCAUGGACCACCACUUUGAGGAGCCGGAGAAGAGUUUUUGUUAUGCCAAGGAAGAGGAGCCUCCAGAGACUGCAGGUCCCAGCCUUCCUGAGUGCGUGGAGGAGUUGUUGCAGCCGUACAUCAACAAAAUUGAGAGGCUGCAGAGGGAGAACACUGCCCUCAAAGAAAGGAUGUGCUGCUUUGAGGCGGCCCAUGGCCAAGUCGGGGAAUGAGAAAGUCCAGUGCACAUUGGACUUGUGCAAUGGUCCACUGCACACUCUUCCCAUGGUCUGGACUGACAGCACAGCCCAACAGCCUCAGGAGUGGACAGUAACUCGCAACUAAGCCCCCUUUGCCCUUGCCUCCCCUUGCCUCCCCUCUCAUUGUCUUAUACUGCUUUUUAUUGUUGUUUUUUUCAUUUUUAAUCUGGAUUUUACUGUUUUAUACUCCCCUUUUAAUCUUUUCUGUGCACUGUUAUAAUAGAAAUAAAAAUAUUUUUAGUAGUUUUA